AUACUGCACUGUACAAAGAGAUCUAUUCCAUCCCCCUUUCACUCUCCUCACAGUGGAAACCACAGUGUCAGAACUGGAGCGGAGAUGCGUUUGUUCGAAGGAAUCUGGAAUUUACACCUUUUAAUCUAACAAAUUAUUCAGGGAUUUUUAUAUCAUGAAGCAUCCUCUCUGGUGGUGGAUUUAAUGGUGAGCUCGUUGUGGGAACAGCAACUCGAUGGGACAUAUAGUAUUCUAACGGAUCUAGGAUGACAAAGAGAACAAGAUACAGAGACUGGAGAUGGCAGGCGCUUUGGUGGCAUCUUUUCUUCCUCUUGUGGAGUAUAAUUCACGCACAGACUCGUUACAGCAUCCCAGAAGAGCUCAAGCAGGGCUCAGUGGUAGGAAACCUGGCCAAAGAUCUUGGUUUGACACUGUCUGAGAUUUUUGACCGUAAACUGCGCGUCGCCUCUGAGGCUGAUAAGCAGUAUUUCACUGUGGAUGCGGGGAAGGGCGAGCUGGUGGUGAAUGACCGGAUAGACAGAGAGGCUUUAUGUGGACAAAGCACCAGCUGUGUGUUGCCUCUGCAAGUAGUGAUAGAGAACCCCUUACAUCUUUAUCGAAUAGAAGUGGAAAUACGAGAUGUUAAUGACAAUUCUCCGAGUUUUCUCAGCCAAGAAAGAAAUUUGAAAAUUGCGGAGCUGACAGCGGUGGGUGCGCGGUAUCCUUUGGAGACCGCACAAGACCUCGACGUCGGUAUAAAUUCACUAAAAUCAUACAGUCUUAGCAAAGAUGAAUGUUUCAGUUUGAAAAUUAAAGACUUGGCUAAUGGAAGAAAAGUACCAGAGCUUGUGUUAGAGAAGCCAUUAGACAGAGAAAAACAAAAUGCCCAUCAUUUACUGCUGACAGCGUUCGAUGGGGGGAAUCCUGUCAAAACUGGAACAUCCAACAUUAUAGUGACUGUCUUAGACAACAAUGACAAUGUCCCUGUUUUUAAAAAGUCGUUAUAUAAAAUAAGUCUACCUGAAAAUAGUCAAACUGGCUUCAUGCUCGCAAAUGUAGAAGCAACAGACGCAGAUGAGGGUAUUAAUGGUGAGAUUGUAUAUUCUUUUGCUGAGCACACAGCCGACACGUUGUUAUCUCUUUUUCAGAUUAAUUCGGAAACUGGAGAGAUUUUCCUUGUAGGAGAGUUAGAUUAUGAAAACGCUGCAAUGCACGAAAUAGACAUUACUGCAAAAGAUAAAGGCGUUCCUGAAAUGGAAGGCCAUUGUCGUGUUCAGGUGGAGGUGAUAGACGUGAAUGAUAAUGCUCCAGAAAUUGUUCUAACUUCAAAACCCAGUCAUGUUCCCGAAAACGCACCCAGUGGCACCGUAGUGGCUCUGCUCACUGCUCGGGACCUUGAUUCCGGGGAUAAUGGUAAAGUGACAUUACAGCUUCCCAAAGAUUGUCCCUUGACUCUGAAGCCGUCGUUUUCUAAUAACUAUGCGCUGGUGACAAAGGCUGUUCUAGACAGAGAGCGUUUCUCUCAGUAUAACAUUGAGAUCACAGCCACUGAUUCAGGAUCUCCUCCUCUGUCCGGUAAGAAAACAAUAAAUGUCACAAUAACUGAUGUGAAUGACAACCCUCCUGUAUUCAGUCAGUCCUCCUAUAAUGUAUAUUUAAAAGAGAAUGGAGCUCCAGGAUCUAUACUGUACUCAGUAUCAGCCUCUGACCUGGAUUUUGGAGAAAAUGCUAAAAUCUCUUACUCUAUACUGGACUCUAAAGUGCAGGACGUUUCUGUCUCAUCGUAUGUUUACAUUAACUCCGAUAACGGAAGCAUCUACAGCAUGCACUCGUUUGACCAUGAGAAACUCAAGGUGUUUCAGAUUCAGGUUCAGGCAAAGGAUCAGGGCUCUCCGUCUCUCAGCAGCAACGCUACUGUCCAUGUUUUUAUCCUGGACCAGAACGACAACGCACCCGCUGUUAUUUACCCCUCCUCCGCUGCCAUGGGCUCCCUCUCUCAUCAGAGGAUGCCACGUCCCGCCAAAGCGGGUCACCUGAUUACCAAGGUGACAGCUGUGGACGCUGACUCGGGCCAUAACGCCUGGAUCUCCUACAAACUGAAGGAGGCCACAGACGCGUCUCUGUUCACUGUCAAUCUGUACACAGGGGAGGUGAGGACUAAACGCGCUGUGUCCGAGCAGGACGACUCCUCUCAGAGGCUGCUUAUAGAGAUCAGAGACGACGGGGAACCGGCACAGUCCUCCACUGUCACGGUGUCCAUCCUGCUGGAGGACGGUCUCCAUGAGCCCAUCUUAGACCUGCGACAGAAGGUAGCAGAGCCCAGCAAGAAAAACGGGAGAAUCGCCCUUUAUCUGAUUCUCUCUCUGGCCUCGGUGUCCGUGCUGUCUCUGUUGACUUUUCUCAUCUUAGCGGUUAAAUGCAUCAGGAACAGCAGAAGCAGCGGUAGUUGUUGCUGCAUGAGACGGAGCGACUGUGAUGAUUACAAGAACCCCAACAGAAACCUGCAGAUUCAGCUCAACUCUGAUGGACCCAUAAAGUACGUGGAGGUGCUGGGAGGAGACAUGUUGUCUCAGAGUCACUCCUUCAGGUCCUGCAUGUCUCCAAUGUCAGAGUACAGUGAUUUCACUUUGAUUAAGCCCAGCAGCACCACUGACUUUAAGGAGGUGAUCAGUGUCCUGGAUGCGUCUUUACCUGACAGCACCUGGACCUUUGAGAGCCAGCAGGUGAGCAAAGUGUGAUAGAAAAUAUCAUGC